ACACGUGAGCCCGUUAUGAAAGUGAUAUCACCGGGGCAAGAGCGUCGAUUACUUUGUUUAACGUAAGCAUUUUAUUCACUUCAACGAGACAAGGGUCUUCAAAGGCAACUCAGAAAAGGGUAGUCAGACAUGUUUGGUUCAGUGGUGGUUGGCAUUGGGACGGCAGGCUUUGUGAGGAUCAGGGACAUGCUAGCCCCUCUGCCCUCCAGCGCAGCUGAGAAGCUCAGUGUCAAAGGCUUCAUAUCCAGGAGGAUUCUGGAGGAGCAACAGGGAGUGAAACAAAUCACUGUUGAAGAUGCCCUGAGCCGGGACGACAUAAAGGUGGCUUUCGUGUGCACCGAAAACGCUGCCCAUGAGGAAAACAUCAGGAUGUUUCUGGAAGCAGGGAAGCAUGUCUGUGUGGAAUAUCCAAUGGCCAUGACACACAAGACUGCUGUGGACCUCUGGGACCUGGCUCAGGAAAAAGGAGUGGUCCUGCAUGAGGAGCACAUAGAACUCCUGACAGCCGACUUCAAGCAGCUGAAGAAGGACGUAGCAGGGAAAAGGCUGGAGGAGGGAUUCCUUCACUUCACAGGAGGUCCUCUGAAGACGGGCUUUGGUUUUCCAGCUUUCAGUGGCAUCGCCCGGCUCACCUGGCUGGUCGAUCUGUUUGGAGAGCUGUCUGUCACCGCUGCCAGCAUGGAGGAAGACCAGGAGAACAAGUACAUGAAGAUGACCGCUCAACUCAUAACCAAAGAGCAGAAGCCUCUCACGUGGAUUGAGGAGUGGGCUCCCGGGCUGCCUAGGGCCAAAGACAUCAACUUCCGCUUUGACUCAUGCACCAUCACCCAGCUGCCCCCAGCCACCAGGGAGCCGUGCACAGCUUCCAAGAACUACUGCUGGUAUUUUGAAGGAGGCUACCCCAUCUAUUUCAUAUGCCGGUCGUAUGAGGACUGUUGUGGGACGCGGUACUGUGUCCGAGCCCUCUCCAUCCAGAGACUAUGGUACUUCUGGCUGCUGCUGAUGGGUGUGGUGUUCUGCUGUGGGGCGGGGUUCUUCAUCCGCAGAUGCAUGUACCCCUCCCCCUUUCUGAAGACACCUUUAAUGUGUCAUUCACCAGACACCCAAUGACAGCUCCAGGACUGCAGCAGCCCAGCAUGCAGAACUAUGGGGACCCAGGAGGGAUGAUCCUCACCCCUACAGCCCCCAUCCCUACCCCUCCCACUUGGCAGCACCCUACCCCUCCUGCUUACUGCAACCUCCCUCCACCCUAUGAACAGGUGCUGCAGGCCUCAGAGAAGAGGUAAUCUGGAGGAAAGACAUUGGAAUUAAUGAAAUUAUUUCAAACCCUUCAGAGUUCCCAACACCGCCACAACUGGCAGCAGAGCGAGAGAGAGUUCUCUGCACAUCAAUAGGGAAGGGUCACUAUCCUACGUUUUGACUCAUGAGUAAAAAGCAAGUCUGAUAUUGUAGACUACUAGAAAUGGAAUAGCAUCUCUACAUUAAAAACAUCUCAUUAAGGGACGCUUUCCCGGACACAGAUUAACGCUGGUCCUGGACCAAAAAGCAUGCAUUUAAAUAGCUUUUUAGUCUAGGACUAGGCUUAAUCUGUGUCUGAGAAACCAGCCCUGAAAGCAGCUUCAGUCUGUACCACAAUGAAUGGGUGUCAAAGUGUUUGUUUUGACAUCACCUCUCGAAGAGACACAACAGGAUAAAAACAGACAUAGAUCCAGAAAGAGAGGUGCUCUGUCAACAACACUGUGUCAGCUGGAAGAGCAGCAUCUAUCUGAGCACAACUCACUCAGAUCACCCACUCAGGAUACUGUAUUAUCGCCCACUGUCUGGUAUGUGUUUAAUAUCACUGCGGUUGGAGCAUUUAGUAUCUCUAGUUGAGGCACAAGUUUACUGUAGAUCAGAAGCCUGUAAUGCUGUGGACAUACUAUAGUCAUGGCAAAUCAGUUUAGCUUCGUCUCUUAAAAUUCAUUUUGGUGCAUGACUUUCCUCUAUAUUUUAUUAAGGUAGUGUAGCCUAUAAUAUAUGCAAUUUGCUAAUGAAUUCAGGUAUAGAGUGUAGUCAUUGUUUCAACAACAACAACAAAAAAUCACAGUAUCCUGAAUUAACAGAGGGUCAGCUUGCCUAAUAAAGUGAUUAGUCUGGAAAUAACUUGUAAUAUUUGGAAGGAACACAAUUUAAGGUGGCUACAAUGCUCUUUGCCCAGAAUCCCACAACCUUCCAGUGCUCCCUUUUCCCAUUCAACAGGAAUUCUGAUACAUCAUGGAAGACUUUAAACCACUAGGUGUCAGUCAGUAUGAUGUUCAACAUGCAGCCAGCUGUGUUGCAGUAUGUGCUCUGGAGGCAAGCUGCUGGGCUGUACUGGUGUACAACACAAACCAUUGAUUUUCUAUAUCACAUUAGUUCUCAUUCAUUUCCAAUGGAUUUGAUCUGUUUUCAUCUUCACCCAUUUCCUUGAAUUGUAAGUGUGCCACAUUAACCUGUUGAGGACAGAGGGCGCUGUUUUCACUUUGGGGGAAAAUCGUGCCCAAUUUAAACGGCCUCGUACUCAAUU